GGAGGGCGCGCCAAGAUGGCGGAGGCGGUGUGGGAGCUGCUGGAGCGGGCGGCGCGGCGGGCGGCGCGGCUGGAGGAGCUGCGGGCCCUGCGCCUCGCCCUGCAGGCCGUGCCCCCCGCCGCCCUGCGCGCCCGCCUCAGCGCCGACCACCUCACAGCGCUCUUCGACCUGCUCGGCGUCAGUGACCGGGAGCAGGUGGCUGCGUGUGUUUCCAUCCUGGAGAGGCUCCUGCCGGCCCUGGACCCGGUCUAUGUGAUCCAGAACCUGAGGGAGGAACUUCAGAAAGGGCUGUUCCACCCCGAUGACUCCGUGAAAAUCCUCUCCAUAGCUCAGGUCGGGAGGAUUGUUGAAAAUUCAGAUGCAGUUACAGAAAUUCUCAACAGUCCUGAACUGUUAAGGCAAAUAAUAAAUUGCAUUGGUGGGGAGAGAAUAGCAGUGGCUAAAGAGGCCAUCAAAUCCCUCUCCAGAAUAGCACAGACACAAGAUGGUUUAGAGGCUUUGUUUGUGAGCAGUUUGUUGAGUGACUUGAAAAAUGUCAUGGCAACAAGUGACGUUGUUCGAUACCGAGUGUACGAGUUAAUUGUUGAGAUUUCUUCAGUGUCAGCAGAGUCCCUAAAUUACUGUGCAAACAGUGGAUUAAUAUCGGAGUUAAUUGGCGAGCUGACUGGAGAUGACAUGCUGGUCAGGGCUACAUGCAUAGAGAUGGUGACCUCGCUGGCCCAUACCCCACACGGGCGCCAGUAUCUUGCUCAGCAAGGAGUUAUCGAUAAAAUUUCCAACAUCAUUGUUGGAGCAGAGUCUGAUCCGUUCUCAAGCUUCUAUUUACCAGGAUUUGUUAAGUUUUUUGGGAAUCUGGCUGUUGUAGACAGUCCACAGCAGAUCUGUGAACGAUACCCGGUCUUCAUAGAGAAAGUAUUUGAAAUGGCAGAAAGUCAUGAUCCGACCAUGAUUGGAGUGGCUGUGGACACACUAGGCAUCCUGGGAUCAAAUGUGGAAGGCAAACAGGUUUUACAGAAAACCAGAAGUAGAUUUCAGAGUCUGUUGAGCAAAAUAGGGCACCAGGCAAAGAAUGCCCCCACGGAGUUACGCCUUCGAUGCUUGGAUGCGAUUUCCUCUCUUCUUUACUUGCCUCCAGAGCAGCAGACAGAAGACCUUUUAAGAAUGACUGAAUCCUGGUUCACAUCCUUGUCCAGCCAGCCACUGGAACUCUUCAGGAGCAUCAGUACUCAGCCAUUCCCUGAUCUCCACUGUGGGGCUUUACGGGUGUUUACUGCUAUUGCAAACCAACCAUGGGCCCAGAAGCUGAUGCUUGACAGUCCAGGCUUCGUGGAGUACAUUGUAGACAGAUCUGUGGAGCCUGACAAAGCCUCAAAGGAUGCCAAAUACGAACUGGUCAAGGCCCUUGUAAACUCUAAAACAAUUGCAGAAAUCUUUGGGAAUCAGUAUUACUUGAGGCUUAGAGCUUAUUUGCAUGAAGGCCCUUACUAUGUUAAGGCAGUUGCUACUACAGCUGUGGAAGGAGCAGAGUAAUGUCACUGGUGUCUUGGUUCCCCUUGCAAACCGUGUUACUGAAAUAGGUGUAAAGACUCCCCAUGCCGGAGUCUCUUUAAAUUGUCUCUUUAAAGGAACAUGAAGCACUUCAACUCUGAAAUGAAA